AUGCAAGCACCGGCACCGGGUUCACCCCCAACAAAUCAUCAAGAUAUAGCCGCUGACUAUGAGAGGUUCAGGAAGAGAAUGGUGGGCAUGGAAAAGUGGCCUCAGCUCACACCAGCAAGGCAGAUCAGGGAAGCUUUAAAGGCAGCAGCAGCAGAGUUUGGUGGUGGUCUACCGGAGUUGACUCUCAACCUGUACAAGAGGCCAACUACCGAAGUCAACUAUCGGAAGUUGCAACUUCUCGGACCUGUUCUGGGCUGCACGUACCAGGAUCUGAUCGACGAGAGGCAAGCUAUAUCUGUGCCUCCAUGUCACCUACGAAGAAGAGCCAUCGAACUCCAGGCUAUCUUCAAUCUAGGUAUCCUCCACGACGAAGUUUCCUGUGCACUAAGAAUGUACAGGAUCUCUGAUGAACGGCUGCAGCAGGAGAACGACCGCUUGAGGGACCUGGGCGUUGGAGGAACACCAAUUCCAGGCAUCGAUAGACCCUUCAGAGACGAGGAGAAAAAGAGAAUAUGA